AUGAAUUCAACAUUAUUUACAGUAUCAGUGACAUUUGUUAACAACUCAGCUGUAGCUGCUGUUGAGUCAUGGUUUAUUCCGCUUGAUAUUUUAGCGAUCAUUUGCACUUCCUUAGCCAUUGGAUUUGGAACACUCCUUUUAUUUAUUAUUGUUUUUGAUAAAACAUGUCAUACAAUUUCAAUGCUACUAAUUGCAAAUUCAUGUUUAGCUGAAGUUAUGUUUGCAUUGAAUAUACUUGGCGUGGCUGUAUUUACAUUACAAAAUGAUCUUAAACAAAUUCAAUAUCAAGAUUCACUUUGUAGCCUUCGAGGGUAUUUUACUUACAGUUUAUGUACUCUACAGAACUAUUCUUAUUUAUUACAAGCGAUAAAUCGAUAUGUUACUGUUGUUUAUCCAACUCGUUUAUUUUGGCAAUCAACGCGAACACAAAUGUUGCUUAUUGGCGUUACAUGGAUUUUUUCUUUUGUAUAUUCUGUUCCAUUUUUAUUUACUGGCAAAAUAAUCUAUGAUGCUGAUAACCAAGUGUGUCUAUUAUCUCUUCGAUUGUCUUUUUCAAUUUGUUUUGUUUCAUUUUGUAACUAUAUGCUACCUGCCUGGAUGAUUAGAUUGACUUAUUUCAAUUUAGUUCGAUACGUGAAAAAAAUGAAUAAUUGUGUCACAUCUGCAAAUAAUUUAUAUCGUGCACAACGGGAAUUAAAAAUGGUUCAUCGAAUAGUUAUACUUAUCAUGAUUUUAAUGACAAUUAAUUUUCCUUAUGGAGUGUUUAUUAUGAUAUCAUUUUUCACUACUCCACCAAAAUAUUAUUUUCGUUUUUCUAUAAUAUUCAUGUAUCUAUCAGUGAUAUGUGUGAUGAUUACUUUGUUUCAAUUUACAGAUUCACUUAAAAAAUCCAUAAAGAAACUAAUAAAUGUUCGUCCAAAUAUAGUUGUACCAACAGUAGCAGCAAUGGUGAAAAUUAACAGAAACAUCUGA